AUGUCGACGACCAUAGUUUCAAGAAACCGUUCAGUUCGUCUCGGCUCGAAAGUCAAUGCCUACGGCCACGAGGACGAAGCAAGAAGAGAGGGUCAUCACAGUCGCCACGUGUGGAUGACUAAUUCAAAUCUCAACCGUAUGGUGCGUUCUUUGAGUUACAGGAAGGACCGAGCAAGAAGAAGGCAGAUAUAUCUGCAAACAUACAAGCUCGGGUCAGGCUCUCGUGAGGAAUGCUUGAGAUACCCAAAACUGAAGAAGAUGGCUGUGAAAGUGAAAAACGUGGUGGUAUCGACUUUAGCCUUCAUGCGCGGUGGCGAGUUGAGACCGUGCACUUCCCCGUUGGCCAUACGGGCAUCGUCUCCUACACGACCGAUGUAA